UGAGCAACCUGGCUAAAGAAGAAUCUCAUCAGAUCGACCGCCCUGGUCACCAGCGCCCAUGACCUGAAGGGCGCUAAGGGCGGUCAUGCAGCGUACCGAGCCGGCAAGGAGUAUCUCCCUGAGCAUAUGCAUGCUCACCCGGCAUCUGCGUGCGGACGUUGUCAUGCUGCUAGGGCUGCUGCUAGGCGACACCAGAACAUCAACUCCCAAGCUCGAAAGCUGUCUGGUGGCCAUGGUGCACGAAGCACCGAGCAAGCGCGACCGGUGCAAGACAGAGACAGGACAAGACUCUCCCCUGGCCAGCCGGUGGUCAAGGGCCUGCAAGUCUUCCGAUCGACAGGCGGUCGCCAGUCUGCUUGACAUGUGCUCUCGCAAGAGCCGGCUUCGAUCCUCUGUCCCUCGCAUGAGCGGCACAACGCCACUUCAUAGGAGAGUGCUACCGUGAACGGCAUAGGCUACCCUCUGGCGUCUCCGCGGAGGUCUGCCACAGAAUGCUACCUGGUGCGUCAUCGGCGACUCUCUUCCUGAGAAUGCUACCUCUGGAGGUAUAUGCUAUUCUCAGAGAGUCUACCUAGCGUGGUAUAUGCUACCCUGUGGCAGGUCCGCGGGGUACCACGCACACGAGA